GCCUUAACUCCAGCCACUGGGGGAAAGGCACAGACUUUUGUCAUCCCUCCUGCCAAGAGUGUGCUACCUUUCUCUUCCAGCAUGGUGAGCGGCGGGGCUUGUGUGUGUCGGGGCCGUGCCUGGGCGAGCCAGCCCAGCCACCGUCAGGCCGCCUGAGCUCCGGUCCCACCGCUCCAUGCGCUGCAGAAGCCCCAGCAGCAGCAGCAGCAGCUGGAGCCGCCAACAUGAGCUGCAGAGAGGGGACUGACAGCAGCUGCGGCUGCGGUGGGCGCGACGAGAACAGGAUCCUCAAGUGCGUGGUGGUCGGGGACGGCGCCGUGGGGAAGACCUGCCUGCUGAUGAGCUAUGCCAACGACGCCUUCCCGGAGGAGUACGUGCCCACUGUGUUUGACCACUAUGCAGUUACCGUGACGGUGGGAGGCAAGCAGCAUUUGCUUGGACUGUACGACACCGCAGGACAGGAGGAUUACAACCAGCUGCGGCCACUCUCCUACCCCAACACCGACGUGUUUCUCAUCUGCUUCUCUGUCGUAAACCCUGCCUCUUAUCACAACGUCCAGGAGGAGUGGGUCCCGGAACUGAAGGACUGCAUGCCUCACGUGCCUUACGUCCUCAUCGGGACCCAGAUUGAUCUCCGGGAUGACCCCAAAACCUUGGCACGUCUCCUGUACAUGAAGGAGAAGCCCCUCACCUACGAGCAUGGCGUGAAGCUGGCAAAAGCGAUUGGAGCCCAGUGCUACCUGGAAUGUUCCGCCCUGACUCAGAAGGGUCUCAAAGCGGUUUUUGAUGAAGCCAUCCUCACUAUUUUCCACCCCAAGAAGAAAAAGAAAGGUUGUUCAGAGUGCCACAGCUGCUGUGCAGUUAUCUGAAGUUGCCUGAGACCUGUCUCCCUGCCAUCCAAGGGAGUGAAGAGCAGCCAGUCUCUGGGACCCGCCUCUAGCCAAAAGGGAGGGGGUGACCAGAAAGGAAUCCCUGCAUCCCGAAGGCCUGUCCCUGUGCCCUGCCAGCUUCCCAGCUCAGCAUCCUGUCACCACUGCCUCCUCCCCAGGCUGGAGCAUCCACACUGCGCGUGGAGAACGCUGAGCCACAUUCAGUCAGUGCGCUGGGGAGGUAUUGGAAGCAAGUCACAAUCGUCCUGUAUUUCACAUCUCCCCUUCCACCGAUGUGAGCCAACGGGAAGUCACGCUGGAAAACCAAGCACUCUGUCCUGCAGUGGGGGCCUUACUUCCUGUGUUUGCCAACUUGGGAAUACAAUGCCGACAUUUUCCCUGAGACUGUUGUUUCAGCCAAGUGUCUCAACAUUUGUUUCUAUUAGGGUUUCCUGAGGUCCAGUCACUUGAGCCUCGCAAGUCCGCAUCAAAAUAGUUCAAAGACAAGCUGGAUUAUGCUCACUCCUAUUGACAGUGGGUCUCUGCCAAUGUCCUUAGAGCCAACAUGUACCUCUGAAUGCCUGAUUACAAAACAAAAGCAAAAACAAAACAAACAAAAAAAAACUUUACAACUUUUAUAAACUGUCAGACCUAUGAUUUUUUAGCCUUUUUAAAAAAAAAAAAAUCCUGUGAAUUAUUACACCUUCUCCAGUUUUGCCAAAGAUUCAUCCUACAAAUGCUUCAGGUGACAGGGAGCCUGCUCUUGCAAACAUCUACUGUCAUUCAACCUGAAAAUGGACAGUCUUUGAAGAAAGAAAUAGAUUUCUGCUUUUCAUCUAACUUGGUCAGGACAAGAAGAUGGCAAAAGCCAUCUUCCUGAUCCAGCAGAGUGGGCCUGCCCCACCCCUCACAGGUCUGUGCCUUCCCCCCAGUCACACUUCCUCCUGUGCCCAGGAGAAACUGGGGAACACUGUGUUCCCCAGUCAUAGCCUAGGGAAAAAGAAAAAGACCUUAAAAGAAAAAAAGGGUGGAGGGCUCUGGACACCAGACAUGAAAAAUGUGUCCCAGAAUCCUUCAGGGUCAAAGUGCCUUAACUCUUCUACUUGCUUCAGCUGAAAAUGCUACUCAGCUUGCCCAUAUUAAGCCUCAGUUCAGGACAGUUUCCAAUUGCAGCCAGUGCGAAAAUUAUUGCCUCUCUCCUUCUUUCCUUAACUUCUCCCAAAUGUCCAUGGAGGAUAAGCUUAAGUGGAUCCCAUUCCAGCCUGAGGCACUGCACCUAAUGGAGAGUUUGGUCCUGAGCAGGAAAAGCUCCCAGUGAGAAAUCCUGCACCUUUCAACGUGACAAUUCCCAAACAGCCAGGGACACUCUGUGUUUUAAUUAGAGGCUGUGAUUGGCCCUGGUUAGUCUUAUUUGCUUACAAAUGCCCUGAAAUUACCCAGGGAAGCUGAUUUCUCCUUUUUUUUCUUUAUUGCAUCAGUAAAUCAUAUCUUAGCAAUAUGAAAAUAUUUCACUUUUUCUGAAUUGAAGCUCCAUCUGUUGGGAAAAGCAUCCCAAUCUUUCUAGUCUUUUCUGCUCAUAGAGGAACCACAGAAGAGAAUUGUAUGAUAUGGGUCUUCUUAAGACCUUCCAUGACACCCCUUCAGUCUUUGGGGGUUUUGUUUGUUUGUCUGUUGUUUAGAAUUUCUGAAAUGUAUUUUUGCUUCCUCUA